ACUGAAGUGAAAUUUUGGGUAUCGAUUUUUUCCUAUAAUCAAAUAGUUCUAUCUUUCCUGAUCACUUUGGUAUAAUUUUUAUGCAUAUUGAAGCACGGGAUCAUCAAUAAAUUUUUGCUCAAAGUUGGGUUACGCGUGCGAAUUUUUACUCCUGAAAUAUUAUACGGAUGUGACGUAAUUAAAAGGACGGAAGUCGAAGUAUGAGCAUUGAUUUACUAGUAUUUUGUUAGAUUUUUAACACAUAUACACAAUAAAAUAUGAGUUCUUCAAGCAGUGAAAGCGAACGCAGUUCGGAUACUGAAAACUCAGAUAUAGCAAAUGAAAAUUUACUUUCGAAUUCCGGCGAUGAGGAUACAAUUGUGGCUAAUUCAGUUGUAAAUCCUUACGAAAAUGAACCUCUUGCGAACGCAGUCGGAGAGAAUUUUGUGUCGGUCGAAGAAGACGCAGAUGGCUUAGAACCUCGAACAUUGGAAGCGAGGUUCGAAGGAACCGUUCAGUUAGAUAAGUGGUGUGCAUGUAGCUUGUGUCGUACUCAACUGCUGACAGAUGCCAUUGAAUACCGUUGUUGUCUAGAGGUUGGGCCUACUUUACAUAAACUGGUAUUCGAUGGUAGCAUUGAAAAAAUUAGCUGUGUUACUCUUCACGAAGAGUACACGAUUAUGACACAUGCUACAGUCUUGAAGAAUGUUGGCUCACUUCUAAGAGACCAAGAUGGAAGGUCAUACAAGUGUCGUAGAAUACAUGAAAAUGAAUACUUGAGAGCAGUUGCAUACCGUUGGGUCAUUCGAUGGCUGUGUGGAUGCCUUGGUUGGGAAAAUUCUAGACCAUUAGCUCCAUGUAUCUACACAGACAUCCGAAAACGAUUUCCAUUACGAAAUCCCCUAGGCCAAGAACAUGCUGGCUACAAGUCAGCACAGGAAAGAAACUGAUAGAAAAUGCACUGGCCAUACCUAUUAUACAUGGUAGCAUGAACAACUUACAUGUGGGAAACAAUGGUGUUGAAGAUAGUUGUUUCCUAUCCAAAUGCCGUUGGAUUUCAACUUGCUCUUGUUUUGGCAGCGGUUCUGGUGAAUCCUCUCUAACUGGUUCACUAUCAACGCUUUCUGUCGUGUUACACUCGUCAGAAUUCCCUUCAUCAUCAGUAUGUUUAACAGCAGGUUCAACAUCUUUUACACUUCGUGUUACUUCACGCAACACCUGUUGAAGAUAAUAAGACACAUUUACAUGCAUUUCCAGGUUGUGCAUACAAACUUGUGUAAUUUAACUUGUAUAAUUUUGUACUUACAACUCUGCGGUCGCGAUUGCUCUUAUCACCUUGGAUUGAAAUGCCUUUUACAGAGUCUAUGGUUGGAACAGCAUCAGAGCGCAAUUGUCGUCUCAUGUUUAGCGAUUUUGCAACUGUUGCGUUCACGGUGAAUGCAGAAUCUGCGAAAUGUAUUGAACAUAGCACAGAGUACUGCUGAGGAACGAAUUUUGGCCUAUGUCUCCUAACAAAUUUUGUCCAUUUACUCAGCCUCUCCUUGUCAUUCAUGGGGAAACGAUGUACUGAGACACCCUCUGUGUGUUGACUGUUUGUACAACUUUUUCCGUUGGGCCAACCAGCAACACAAUAUUGUCCUCCUCGACGAUUUUUUUGCAGAAUUUUGCCUACUCGCCAUAUUUUAACUUGCGGUGUAUCGUUACGUUUGACUAACUUAAUAAAAAAAUUAUUCUCCUUA